GGGCAUGGGGAAAGCACGUGUUAUUUGUAUUGUUGCGCACGUCUCGGCAAGCUCAUACGUCGACUCGUGCGAUUCUACCACCACCCCUACCAAAAUUCUCGUCACCAGUGAGACGAACGUUGUCGGUAACGCCACCAGCGUCGCUACUACCACCGAGAAAAAGGUAUUGGCUACUCCUUCCGCAGAGGUGGUUGACAGCACGAAAAUCGUAGUACCAUCGCGUACAUCGAGUACAGUGCCCGCGAAUGCGAAAUACAUUAGCGUACGUCGCCGGCCUGUCACGAUGUUACUCGCGGUGAUCGCGCUCCUUUGCGCCGGUAGUAGUGCCGAGGUAUUCACUAAUACGUUCCUCGUGAAGAUGAGGCAGCCCGCGGAGAGACACGUCGCCGAUCGCGUGGCUGCUAGGAACGGAUUUGUCAAUCUUGGACCGAUAUUGGGCAGCCAGACGGAAUAUCACUUCGUGCACAAAGCUCUGCCUCACGCAAGAAGCAAAAGAUCCGUGCCUCACAUGAGAAGGUUGAAGGUGGAUCCUUUGGUGCACACGGCGGUGCAGCAGCCCGGGUUCAAGAGGGUGAAGAGAGGCUACAAGCCUCUCAGCGUGGAUAAUCUGGUGCCACCGUACCAAAUUAAAAAUCCGGCGAACCCUGGCAACCGUGAUCCGUCUGACCCUUACUUCCAGUAUCAAUGGUACUUGAAGAACACCGGGCAGAACGGCGGCAAACCGAAAUUGGACUUGAACGUGAAGGCGGCCUGGGCUCAGGGUGUCACUGGAAAGAACGUUACCACGGCUAUAAUGGACGACGGAGUCGACUACAUGCAUCCGGAUCUGAAGUACAAUUACAACGCCAAAGCUUCUUACGAUUUCAGCAGCAACGACCCUUAUCCGUAUCCCCGAUACACCGAUGACUGGUUCAAUAGCCACGGGACCAGAUGCGCCGGCGAGGUGGCAGCUGCCCGGGACAACGACGUCUGCGGCGUGGGCGUAGCUUACGACUCGAAAGUCGCCGGGAUCCGAAUGUUGGAUCAGCCGUACAUGACAGACCUGAUCGAGGCGAACAGCAUGGGACACGAACCUGACCUCAUAGACAUUUAUAGCGCCUCAUGGGGACCGACUGACGACGGGAAAACCGUGGACGGGCCGCGAAAUGCGACGAUGAGGGCCAUCGUGCGCGGCGUUAACGAGGGUCGUCGAGGGUUAGGUAACAUUUACGUGUGGGCUUCCGGCGACGGCGGGGAAGAGGACGACUGCAAUUGCGAUGGUUACGCGGCAAGUAUGUGGACUGUCAGUAUUAACAGCGCAAUCAACGACGGUCAAAAUGCUCAUUACGACGAGAGUUGCUCGAGCACCCUGGCCUCGACGUUCAGCAACGGCGCUAAGGAUCCCAAUAUAGGAGUGGCCACGACCGAUCUUUACGGCAAAUGCACGACGACGCACAGUGGGACGUCAGCAGCUGCACCGGAAGCUGCGGGAGUGUUUGCCCUCGCGCUCGAAGCCAAUCCGCAAUUGACCUGGCGCGACAUACAGCACUUGACGGUUCUAACGUCGAAGCGGAACUCGCUGUUCGACGCGAAGGGAAGAUUCCACUGGACGAUGAACGGUGUCGGCCUCGAAUUCAACCACCUUUUCGGCUACGGUGUGUUGGACGCUGGUGCGAUGGUCGCCCUGGCGAAAAAAUGGAAAACCGUACCGCCACGGUAUCACUGCGAGGCUGGCUCCGUGCUCGAAACACAGGAAGUGACGAGCGAUCGAUCGAUCCUGCUGAAAAUAAAGACUGAUGCCUGCGCCGGCACCGAGUACGCCGUCAACUAUCUGGAACACGUGCAGGCCGUCAUUUCCGUGAACGCAACGCGCCGAGGUGAUCUCGAGUUGUUCCUCACUUCUCCCAUGGGCACCAGAUCGAUGAUCCUCAGCCGAAGGAUAAACGACGACGAUCAUAGAGACGGCUUUACCAAAUGGCCCUUCAUGACUACUCACACCUGGGGAGAGUAUCCCCAAGGGAACUGGUUGUUGGAGGUGAGCUUCAAUACUCAAACACCCCAACACGGAUGGAUCCGAGAGUGGACACUGAUGCUGCACGGCACCAGGGAGCCCCCUUACACUGGACUUCCGGCGGCGGAUCCGCACUCGAAGUUAGCGAUCGUGAAGAAGGCUCACGAGGAACGAUCGUCAGCCAUGUAACGAUCGCCACGGGAACGACCCACGAAAAUACGUUCAUAUCGAGAGAUGUUCGUGCGACUACUAGUCUUAUUGUUUUAAGGAUCUCAUUUUUACGAGGACAAAAUUCGAGCGCAACGCUACUACUUUUACGCUACGCUUUCGUAAUCGUUCGUUCGUUCGUUGGCCACACGGUGUUGAAACGCUUCUCGUAUUAUAUUAUACGUUGGGCGUGUAAUUCUGAAAUAUUCCGACUGCUGUCCAGUUACGUUCCGAGUUUGUUUAAACGAGCACGUCUUUGAGCGAAUAUAUCCCUGUGAUAUC